AUGGCGAAAUCUCAAGACUUCUACGAGGCAGCACUAGAAAUAAUGAAAACCUACAAUCUAACACCAGACGAAAAAAAUGCAAUCAGAGAAGCAAAAUCAAAAAUCACAAAUCACAUGUAUUUUGUUUCAGCCGCUGGGGGAGUAGUGGGAUUUCUCUUAGGUAAACAUAGACGGUUUCGGCCGCUGGCGACAAUAGCGGUAGGGGUGGGUGGUGCUAUAAUAGGUGGUCAAAUUGGGUUGGUGACGGGGUCGUUGUCAGCCAUGAAUACAAUACGGAAAUUGCCGUCUAGUGAAAAGAUCCUUGCACUGAUGAAGGAUAUGCAGAUGGAAAUGAUAAAGAAACGUACUGCGUUGCCACAGGGACCGUCACCGGCGCCUGGGAUGCCGCCUCAUCCCUUCAAUAAGUCAUACGAGCAGAGUAAAAAUAGAAAUGAUGAUUUUAGUGAGACUGUUACGUUUUCUGACGAUGGAGAAGAUCAUGUUGAUCUGUAUUCGUAUAAAGGUAGCAGUAGUGACGAGGUUAUGAGAGAUGAUGGCGUGGACAAUACAAACAAUCAACCCGACUGGUCAAGUAAGAGCGAGCGAGCAUAUUCUCCAUCCUCUCAAAAUGCACCUCCUUCUUGUCAGCAGCGUCAAGUGCCACAGCAGCGACAGGAAAUGCCUUCGUCAUCAUCAUCACCGUCAGUAUGGCGACAACAAUCGGACAGCAGUGAUGAAGUCAAAGAAGCUGUGGUCGAUUAUGAUAAUACCUUUUAUCCGCCGCGAACUCGCGAAGAUACAGAACGAGUACAACGCGAUGGAAAGUUACACACAAACAAGUACGGCGAUAUAACGUAA